CGUUUUUAUACGGUGCACGUCAAAUGACCUACUUUUGAGGAUUAUAACUGCUCAAAAAACUACGGUAACUCUAGUCUUAAACCAUAAAAUAUGAGAUUCUAACAAAUAUGACAGAUUAUAUGUGCGCACAUAACAUUGACAAUGGUUGAAGUCAAUUCUACAAAAAAGAGCGGAGCGCAGCUAAUCUGGGCGGGGCGGUGGCUGGCUGUGAAAGAGCAGCGACAUGAAAACCUCGAACCCUGUUUACAGUUCUAAAGGACCAAAAGUGCCCCCUUUACUGGCAUUGUAAUGACAUCUAGAUUGAUAUCUACCUUAUGCAUUCAUAAUUUACAUUGAGAAGAAACGGCUUGUGGCUCAUGACGUUGGAAACUACAAAUCAGGAGUCUCAGCAGUAAGCUAGCUAGCUAGGUAGCACUCAGCCAAUUCAGCUAACUAGCUAUGAAAUGCCACACUACACAGAACUCUGAAAAUGAACGGGAAACUCAUUCCCCACACUCCAUUGGCCGUGGACUUCUGGCAAGUGCGCAAGUGUUCGCACGUACGCCUUUUCUUCCUCUCCCACAUGCACAGUGACCACACCGCCUGUCUGACGUCCACCUGGAGCAACCGACCCAUAUACUGCUCUCCAGUUUCAGCCACACUGCUGAAACUUAAACUACAAGUGAGAGAGGAAUGGAUUCACCCUCUGGAGUUGGGUGAGCCAUACUUACUCCCACUGGAUGAUAUUGGCAAGGAGAAGCUGACGGUCACCCUGUUGGAUGCCAACCACUGCCCUGGGGCUGUCAUGUUUCUCUUCCAAGGCUACUUUGGCACCAUCCUCUACACUGGUGACUUCAGAUACACUCCGUCCAUGCUUCGUGAGCAAUGCCUGAGGACCAACACCACUAUAGAUGUCCUGUACCUGGACAACACCAAUUGCGACCCCACACGCACCUUGCCUUCCAGACAACGAGCUACCCAGCAGAUCAAGGAGAUCAUCCGCAGUCACCCCAGCCACAAUUUGGUCAUCGGUAUGUAUACCCUUGGUAAGGAGUGCCUACUGGUGGAACUGGCUUUAGAAUUCAAGACCUGGGUGGAGGUGAGCCCAGAUAGACUGGAAACCCUGAAAGUCCUAGAGCUGCCCGAUGUCUUCACCACUGAGCCGGGAGCCGGCCGGAUCCGAGCCGUGGACCAGUCGCAGAUCCGCUCAGCCAACUUGCGCCUGUGGAACCAGGAGUACCCAACCCUGGCCAUCCUGCCCACCAGCAGGCCCCUGGUCUCUUUCCACCCUGACGUUCACGUAGUGCCCUACUCAGACCACUCCUCCUACCAGGAGCUGGAGGACUUUGUGUCGGCAUUGCGGCCCACCUCCGUGGUUCCCAUCGUGGGGAGCUGCGUCCCAUCCUUCUCUGCCCUGCUGCCCCGCAGGAAGCGUCAUGAGGUCUUGGUCCCAGAGUCUGUCCAGAACUACAUGGCAGCCCAACCCAAGGUCCCGUUCGCUGUGACUGCUUUCCCCAACCAACCCCGCCGGCACAGCCGAACCACACCCAGGGGGGUGGUGUUCGAGUCCCCCAGCCGGAGCUCCAGAACCCCCUUGAUAGACUGCGCCUGGGAGAGAGGCUCCCUAGUGGAAGAGGCUGAGGUGGGUGCAGAGAGCUGCACCAUUAUGGACCCAAGCGAUGCCUCUCCCACCAGCGAGAGUGUGGGUGCUGGGGACCUGUGGAGCCUGAAGGUUGUCCAGAGAGUCUCUGAUGAGAUGGAGAUAAUGGAAAGUGUGUCGUUUAGCCAGUUCACCCAGAGCAACUUUGCCCCCAAGGAGAUACUAAGGAACACCGUCACCUCCUUGAAGCCUAAAGGUGUGAGUCAGCCACAGUAUGUUCCUUGCGACAGUGUCACUGCCUUGAACUAUAUUAGUGAGUCCGACGACCCUAGCCCUCCCCAUGGACUUCCAGAAGAACUAGAAAACAGUGAGUCUCUAUUACAGGUCAGCUGUAAGUGGGAUGGCUUAGUGAGAGCUUCUCCCUGCAACAGUAGAACCCAGUCUGAGCUCCUGACUGAGUGUGAACAGGCUCUGGUGCUGCAGCUACCAUUCUCUGAGGAGGAUCUGUCUGUGUGCAGUGGUCUCCUUGACAAAAGCCUGGUACAGAAGUUCAGCCUGAAACCACACCAUGUCGUCAAGGAAGGAAAUGGCACCCUCUGCUGCUGAGAUUGCUCUAAUAACGAGAAGGGUUAAAACAAAUUUGUAUGUAUUUUUUACAAUUAUCUAAGUGUUUGCCUUCUAAUAGAAACCUCUUUCUUGUACUUUGAGCUGUUGAACAAUGUCAACACAACAAGAUAAUCGGUAGUUUCUGAAAAUGUUGAUGAAGGCCAGCAGUGGUUCACCAAGUUUUUAAUAGAGAGAUUAAAACAUGUUUGCCAACGAAAAGCUGUAACCAUUAGUUGACAGACGACAUUUCUACUAGUGGAGGAUAUUUGUUAUGUGAGCCUUUUUGAAGGAUUGAAUUACGAGCCCCACAUUUCUACAAUGACUUGGAAUUGAACACUAGCCAUUUCAGUCUCUCUCUCCCCCCCCACCCCUCAAGUGUUUUUUGGGGGCUAGCAUGUGUACCAUAUAUACAUAAAUUGUACAUCAAUAAUUAAUCCUACGAUCAUAAUAGUGAACCAGACACUCAUCUGUGAACACAACAGUAUUUAUACUUCUUUACUUCAGAUAUGUUGACUUCCUAAUACUGACUGUUUGCUGCAAGGAUUGAAACACCAAUUCAUUGUGAACGAAUUGGUAAAUGAUUGUGCGCUCCUCCCAUCUGUAACUUUGUUACUGUAUUUAAGAAGUAAAGCUUUUGAUAGAUAUGUUAAAUGUAAAA